GCUGAUUCAAUCAUCACGCCAUGAGAGUGCUCAUACUGUUCGCCGUUUUCACGCUGACGUCAUCAGCCGAAGUAACAUGGCAGCCGAACACAAAUUUCAAUAUCCCUUCUAAUUUCGCUGAUGGAAAAUUGCCUUGCUCCAAAGAAACUGUCAUAUUUCCUGAAACUAUACAAGGCUCUGUGCGGAUUCAAGGUGACACUGCUGCUCAGGAGUUUAUACUCCCUGAAACAGGUGACAUAACGCUAGACGGAACACUGUUCAUUGGUUCAAACGACAAGGAUCAAUGUUCGGAAGGCAACAAAUACUUCAUUGAUAAAACUGUGUCAUCGUGGGCUGAUCCGGAUGUGUGGUCUUCACCGCUGUACAACGAAGCUACACCAGAUGCAGAGAGAGUCCCGUGCAUAGGUGAUACUGUCGCUUUUCCUGUAAACACAACAUUUGCAAUAAAGCUUCCUGAGCUAACACAAACUGUAAAAAAAGUAAUUAUAAGCGGCGUAAAAUAUAACUUAUAUUCUCUCGUUCGUCAUAUUAUGCAGCAAGACGAUUCGCAACAGUUCUACGUAAAUUCCAACAGGGGCAUUGGAUUACGAAUAAGAGAAGAUGGCUGUCGGUCUCCAUUCAAAGGUUGCCCUUGUCAAGAAUAUCCAUUGAAGAUUGAGUGUGAUUUGAAAUUCUGUCCGGUGCCUCAAUGCUUAUAUCCUAUCAAGCCAAUCGGAUUUUGCUGUAAAAUCUGUGGUGGUGCAAUUUCUUUUGAAAGAGAGCAAAAUUUUAACUUAAUGGAGUUCAAAGAUGUAGUUGAAAGAGUUGUUGCGUCAUACAACGAUGACAAUAUAGUAUAUCAUAUUGGAAUCGUUGAAGGUAACAAAGUACAGUUAGUUGUCACGGAGAAAUACGAAUAUAAAGGUCAGAGCGCGAUGGUAGCGCAUGAUGUAAAUGGCCAAAUACUUAAAGGCUGGUCCUCUGGAGUGCAAGCAGUGUCUCUCAGUGGCGGACCUCUUUCUGAUGCUAACUAUGGUUUAAAGAUUGCUUUUUCCAUGUUGUUUGUAGUUAUUUCAGUAUUUGGUGUUCUUUACGCUUAUUAUUACAAGAUACCGACGCCUAGACUUCAUCUGCCGACAAUGCCGUCGUUUGGACGUGGUUCGACGGCGGGUCUCCUUUCCAGAUUCGAUAGACGAACAGAGAGUAUAGUUUCGUUGACGAGAAGAGACUCGACAGUCACGGUCGCCUCGUCAGCGGGUGUGGGAACAGCCUUUAGGAAUCCUUUGUACAGUUCAAAAAGGGGGCGUGUUGAUGUCGUGGAAUCUGAAGUUGACAAUGAUAACAUGUGAACAAGAAUAACUUAAUUGUUAAAUUACACUAAUAAACUUACAUUGCCAAUAAUAAAUUUAUAUUUA